AUGGCGAAAAAUAAAGAGCGCGUAUCCGUUGAUACCAGGAAGAUUAAAUUUGUAGAGAACUCAGAAUCGGAAGAUAUAGAAAUUGAGGAGGGGGAUGACAGCGAUGUUGGAAAUAAUGUUAGCUCCAGCGACGACAUCCUGAGUGACGACGGGCAUGAAGAAUCCUCGCUGGGAGGAAGCGGAAAAAAAAAGAAAAAAAAAAAUAUAGCAGAUGAUGGUGAUGACGAUGAUAAUGAUGAUGAUGAUGAUGACGACAAUGAUGGUAACUAUGCGGACAGUGAUGAGGAAGACGACGGACAGCCCGAUCGCCAGGGCGAUGGCGAAUUCGUUCGCGUGCCAUGGAAGAAGGAUAAACAGAAUUACUACCAAUACGAGAGUGAAGACUCAACGAGCGAUGAUGAAGAAGGCAACAAGGAGAGAAUCAAAGAAGCCAUGUACCUCAGCAGGAAGCAGAAAGAAAACUUGAAAGAAGAUGAUUUCGAUUUGUAUGGCAUGUACGAUGAAGACAAAGAGGGAAAAUCGGGAAAGGGAGCCAACGAAUUGUACACCGUCCAUGAGAAGGAAAACAUAAUUAAAAAGCUAAUCAGCGAUAUGAACGCGGAAAUGAAAGGAAAAAAAAAACAGGUGGGUGAAGAAUUUGACCAAGCUGAACAUAUGGAAGAAAAUGAUAAAAUAGAAAAUGUAGUAAUGAGCGAGCGAGAGGAAUACAAAAUUCUGUUAAAAGAACUCUCCCUGAAUAUCCAAAAAGUUUACAAUGAACUUAAGGAAAAUAAAAGGCUCUUCCAAUUUAAGGAUAUUAACGAACACAAUGUUAACCAAGCAGAUAUCAAUAAGAACACACUCCUAUAUCUCAAGAAGAAAAAUGAAACGAUGCUAACUUAUAUUAUAUACAUAACCUACUAUGUCUUUCUUAAAAUAAUGAAUGCCUAUACACACAACCACCCAGUUUUGGAUAAGCUAAUUUACAUGAACACCAUAAUUGCGAAGACUAAUGAGCUGGAUAAUAAAAUUAAGUUUAAGAUUCAGCAGUUGAACAAGUCGUCCUCGGGUCGGCAGCUGGGCGAGGUGGAUGCGUCGGGAAGCGAAGAGGCCAGAGCCCCCAAGCGGGUCGGUCGACGCAUGUCCGCGGAGGAAGAAGAAGAUGAAGAAGAAGAUGAAGAUGAUGAGGAGGAAGAGGAAGUUGAAGAAGACGAGGAGGAGGAGGAAGAAGAAGAAGAAGACGAUGAUGACGAUGAUGGUGACGAUGAUGAAGAGGAUGACGACGAGGAUGAUGACGAUGAUGAGGAAGAAGCGGAUGAGGACGAAAUGGCAGACUCCGCAGAGGAACCCCAAGGGGGCAAGGGCAAAAAGUACAAAAUCAGCAAGAGCCUCAUAACCGAGUACACGGACAGCCACAUCCGGGAAAGGGAAAAGGAGGAAAAGAAAAAAAAAAGAGAAAAAAUGAAAAACGAAAGAAACAUAUUCCUCAAGGAAAUUAAAGACAUGGUGUCCACAAGACCAGAAAAAAUAGAAGAAGAAAAUUACUUUAAAAAAAUGGAAGAAAAAUUAAUGAACUUUGAUGAAAAAAUCUUAAAGAAAAAAAUCAAAGCCCUAAGCAAGAAGAAAAACAAAAUGAGCAAUUUGAAAAACGUCGGAAUGACAUCAAAUGAUUUGCUAAAGUUUGUGGAAUUGCCAGAGAUGAAUGAAGAAGCGGAUAGGAAGAACAACAUGGACGAAACAAAAAUGUUUAGAAACAAUAUUAACAAAAUGAAGCAAAUGAAGAAAAUGAAAGGAGCAAACAACGCCAAUGAUGAUUUCGUUUCCUUUAAGAAGUUUGAAAGAAACACAAAAUGGAGCAACUCGCAUCAGAACGAAGAGCUUGGUAAAUCCAAUCAUUUCAUGAGCACCAAAAAUUUACAAAACGAAAUAGACGACGAAAAUAUUAAAAAUAUGUUAAGCUUGAAAAAGAAGAAAAAAGAAGAAAAGAAAUUACUCAAGGAUCAGAUGAACAAAGAAAUAAGAAAAAAAUUAGUCGAUGAAGAAAACGAAAUUAACGAUAGAAGAAUGCCGAGCAAAAAUAUUUUACAAAAUAGAGGACUCGUAAGGAAGAGAAAAUCAACCGAUGGAAAUGCAAGGGUUCACAAUAAACAAAAGUACAUCAAAAAAAUGAAAAUGUACAGCGGCCAGCACGCCAAAUUGAAGGUCCAUGAAAAUAACUAUUCAGGAGAGAAGAGGGGAAUAAAUCCCUACCUGAAAAAAUCUAUAGAUAUCAAAUAA